CUACCUGCUGCCCACUCCUCUCCCGCGUCUUGAUUGGCCGUGUUGGCUGAAAUCCUCUUGAAUGAUUUCAAACCCAAGUGUUUGGACAAGGAGGAGGGGGGCACGCUGCUAAUUCCUGCUCGCGUUGUUGUGUGAUGGCCAGUGCUGUGUGGAGUGGAAUCCUCGCUCGCUCUCUCAGCUAAAGAGGCUUAUCCCGAAAGGGCGCUGAUGUGAACCAAUCCACCGGUGAAUAAAGUAGGCCGCCAGAGGUGCACCGUUUACCAAGCGCACGCACUUUGGAUCCGAGAGACGCCUGGAUCUGAGGAGGAACGCGCAAAUGUUUUUCUUUUCGUUUUAAUGGAGUGAUAUGACGGGAACGCAGCGCACGUUGCAUUGAAGUGACAGAACGAGGGAACAGGGACACAACCUUGUAACGUGCUUGGAUACAGACUGGAAACGCGUGAUUUUUAAUGGAAUGUGAGUGUUAGUAUUCUCAAAACACACAUUUUUCCAAAGAAAGCAACCAGUUGGUCCACGCGUUACUCAAUAUUAUUCUUACAAUUGGCCUAUUGAAAGGUGAAAGGAGCGCAUCAGCAUUCCGCGUUAUUUUGGCAUAUUUUGGACAAUGUAUUCGUAUUUUAACACAAUUCCACAACUAAAGCUUGGCUGGAUGAGUUUUGACAGUUAAUUUGUCGCUGCGCUUUUGGAAACGAACCACAUUUCUGGACCAAAAUGGCAAAGAAUCAGUCCGAUGGUCCGUGUGAGGACUUGAACCAGCUGUCCGACGAUGACUUGCUCCGUUGCAGCAAAGAGGAGCUGGUCCGGAGAUUAAGGAGGGUUGACGGGGAGAAAAUGAACUUGAUGAUUGAGCACGGGAACAUGAUGAAGGACAUCAACAGGCGCUUGCAGGUGCACCUCCACGAGAUCCGGAGUUUAAAGGACAUCAACCAAAAACUCCAAGAUGACAACCACGAGCUGCGAGAACUUUGCUGCUUUCUGGAUGAUGACAGACAGAAAGGGAAGAAGCUGUCCCGGGAGUGGCAAAGGUUUGGAAGGUUCACAGCCAGCGCCAUGUGGAAAGAAGUCGGGACUUAUGUGAUGAAGUUAAAGGAGCUGGAGUCCAACCAGGAGAGCGUGUUAAGGGAAAACAACGAACUGAAAGAAAUCAUACUUAUGCUGGAUGAGGAGAGGAACGGCGCAGGGUCCAGGAGCUCCAUAGACUCGCAGUCCAGCCUGAGUAACCUGAACGGGGGCAGCGGGACAGUGAGGGACGUGGGGGAUGGCAGUAGCACCUCCAGCACGGGCAGCGCGGGGAGUCCGGACCACCACAACCACAACCAUAACCACAUACACAAGCCCGGGGCAGAGAACACUAAGCUGGGGCCCAACAUGAGGAGGUCUAUGGAUGAUCUGUCAGCACCCCCUCAUCACAGGAGCAUCCCCAAUGGGCUCAAUGAUCCUUCCUCCAACUACAUCAGGCAGCUGGAGACCAAAGUACGGAUCCUGGAAGACAACAACAAUAAGCUACUGUCACAGGCCCAUAGCCGGUAUAGCUUAUCACAGAUCCCCACCAGAAAGUGUAACCCGGGCGACCUGCGAGCCCUGAGGAAAGGCAUGGGUCUGUACCACUCUGAGACUCAGCUGUCCUCACUGCCCCAGAGACAAGAGGCGAUGCACAUGGGCACCGGGCGUCUUCCCACCAGUGAGUCGUCUCCUGCCACUGGAUAUUUGUCCUGUGUCCAGAAACCUGAGGCUGUGGUCCACGCCAUGAAGGUGCUGGAGGUGCAUGAGAACUUGGACAAACAGGUUCCUGAAGACUACGAGGACGAUCUCAGCGAGAAGGAGAAGGCCAUCGUCAGAGAAAUGUGCAACGUGGUGUGGAGAAAGCUGGGGGACGCGGCCGGAUCAAAAAAGUCCGUCAGACAGCACCUCUCCGGGAACCAGUUCAAAGGGCCGCUGUAGCUCGGCAACCGGGCGGACCAGACGGGAAACAGGAAGUGCUAUCCCAGAGCGCCUCUUCCUACCUCCGCCUACACUACCCAUCAUGCCGUGCGACUUACUGCCGACAACACCCAGCACUGUUAUCAUCAAACUGGUGCAAAUACAAGCUACAUAACGGACUUUUCACACAUUUUUUAAACAGUUUGUGAAGCGUUGACAACUGGCAGCUAGUUUCAUCACUUUGCCAUUUUAUCUUCAUCAGUUCAGACACGCGCAAUAAUCCGCUUUUAAACCUCUAACUACUCUCCACUUUCAAUUCUCAAGACUCUUUUAGUGAUUGUAAACAACAUCUAGGGACGUAUUUGUUUUAUUUUAAUGGACAACUCAUAUUCUAGUCCAGGGGUGCGCAAACUCUUUUCACCGAGGGUCACGUCGUGAAAAAUAAUCGACACAGCAAAGUAGACAAUACAGUGGAUAAUUUAGAUCGGCGCAUUUAACACACUUUAAAUAAGGCUUAAAAUAUUAUUAUUAGGUCUGUACGACAAUGCAAUGUGAUAUUAUUUAGGUUAUAUUAGUAGGAUUACUCAAAUUUACCAGAAAAAGUACUGAUUAUGAUCAAUUGGGCCAUUUAAACUGAAGGCGUGAGGGCAAAAAAAGUUGGUCUGAGGGCCGCGUUUUGCCCCCGGGCCACAGUUUGGACACCCCUGUUCUCGACCAAAUUACGCAAAAUUAGGAUGUUUUAUGAGACUGUGGUAACUUAGGCAAUACUUAUUUGAUUUGCGUCAAUAAAAUUAAUAUUAAUACAAUAUUUUUAUAACAAUUAGAUAAGCGGAGAGCACCAUUGUCUCGCGUAUUAAUGGGAAACACCGGCGUAAUGUCGUUGGUAGCAUUAGCCAACAGUAGCUGGCGUCGCUACUGCUAACAUUUUGCACAUUUGCCAAUCCGAGCACUUAAACGCACUCGCUCCCUACGUUGUUCACAAACAUUAACAGCUCGGUCUUUAGCCGUAUAUACCGUCUAGCUAAUGUCACUACAUGGUUCCAAGCACAGAAGAGAAAACGGGGCAGAAAAAUCUUGUAAAGGAUUAUUAUCGUGACAGAACUUCCUGAUAAACUUCUCCUAUAGAGACCCUAGCUCCUGUCACACGUAUCGCCCCCUAGUGAUUAGAACUAGCAUUCGCUUUAACAUGUAAAGUAAAAAUCCCACUGUGACCUAGCGCCUUUUGCUCAUAAUAACUUAAUGGAAAAAUUAAACCUAGAGAUCACUGUUAACUUGUUGUAUAUGAUGUAUAAAACCAUAGCACUACCAUUGUUAUCAUAUUGUUGAUUUUAUUUUGUAUUCUAGCGUGGCCAUGCGAUCAAAUAUUUAGUUUGAAAAGCACACACAGCCGGACCUUGAACAGGGUUUUUUUUGUUGUUUUUUUUUGGUAAUAAACAUAAUAAUUUUAACAGAUUAAUGAAAUUUUAAUGUUUUAUUUUGUAACAGUAUUCAGCCCAUUUCCAAACAUGUUAAUAAGUCGAUACAAUUGAAUAAAAAUGUACGCCGUGUGCAUGCGUGACAAUCAUUUUCUCAGGUUGGGAGGGAGAGCUUUAUCGUGUUCAUAAUUGUGAAAUAAAUUUGAGAGAAAGAAAGAGAUGGGUCGUCGUCUGCGGCUGUAGCGUUUGUACGGUGGCUCUGAAGGUCAAGUUAAGUUUUGUGAUUAUUAUUCCUUCACGAAGUAUUAACAACGAUCCUUAAUAAAUAGUAUACCUGCGUUACAUUUUUAUAUUUUUAUUUACUUUGAUAAAAAUUUUGCUCUUCAUUCCUGGAUGGUAUGACAAUUUUAAAAUGUAGAAAUUGAGGAAAAUCUAUUAAAAUAAAUACAUUUUCACAGCGUUUGUACAGAGUGGUCACGUGAUGUUGCUGUGACAUGUCCGAUAAGCUGAUUUAGAGCCGUUUUCCAACCAGUGGAGGAAGAACAACAGCGCCAUCUACAGUCCAACUUCUUCAUGAUAGUAUCCCAGGUGUGUGAGAGUAAAAAGAGCCCCCUCGUCCCGGUUCAAAGUCCUGUGGGCACGUUUCCGUAUUUCGAUUGCCUCCUUAAUCCAGCAUCCUUUUUAGACAUCUGGGAUACUGUCCUGAAGAAGUCGGACUGCAGAUGGCGCUGUUUAAAUCAGCUGACCGGACACAUCACAGCAACAUCACGUGACCACUGAAGAAGAGCGCUAAGUGAGCAAUCGAAACUGUCAGGUAUGAAAACAAACUAAACUUUGGUCUGAAAAAAAUAUUAAAAUAUAUUAUUUUGAAGACGAGAUGAACCUCAUUGGCCAAUUAAACUGUGUUAAUUUGUGUUUGGACCUUCAGAGCCACCGUACAUCUUCCCGUGAGGCCUCUUUUCUCAAUCAGUUGCACGGGACUGCUAAAAAAUACAUUUGCUGAAUUCACAGUAUCCUCACCUAAUAGUAUUACGUGACCCAAAUGCCAGUUAUAAACGAUUACAAAGUGUUAUCCAGUUGUUCAAUUUUACUAAUCGUGAAUUCAGCAGAUGUGGGGUUUUUUUUAAAGGUUUUUGGUAAGUUUUUGGCAAGUGUUCCCUUUCUUGAUGUCAAAAUUAACUCAGUACAGUUUGUCCAAGUAUUUAUUUCCAGGUAUUUGAUAUGGGGGCACUUUAACGAUGUUCACUAACUUUUGUAACAUAAGCUCAAAAUGAUUAUUGCAUAGAACGAAAUAGUAAAGGAUUUUGGUGUAAGUGGAUCCAAGUAAGAUUGUGUGUCGCUCUGACGGGAUACAGACAGUUUCUAUUAAAAUAUAAACUAAAUUUUACAACAAUUUAUCAGAAUUUGUAUCAAUAAAUAUUCUGAUAUUGAUAGAAAAUAAUAGCAAAGUGCUUCGGACAAGGGGGGACAUGGGGGUCUUUAGUCUCGUGAGCAGAAUUGGACAUUCUUCCUAUUUAAUUUAAUUUAUUUAUUUGAAAGAGGACAGAUAAUACAAACAUAAAUUAACAAUUCAGUAAUCUGACCCAGAUAUCGCAGCGUUUAUAGCCUAAUUUAUCGCUAAUUUGCAGCACAAAUCUCAAGAAAUGCUUUUAAACCUGCUCAUUUCACCAAAAAGCUGUGCGAUUAUGUGUAGAAAAAACAUUAAAUACAGCGAAUUUGUCAAGAGAAUCAAAUAUCGGAAUAUCACACAGUCCCAUUUCACUCUUACUCAGCCCCCCUCAUAUUAAUUUAUAUAUUGACAUUGUGGUUAAUUAAGUCUAAGUGUAAUUUUCUGUUUAUAUAUUUUUUGAAAUACACUUUAAACUGUCUGCUUUUCCUGGUACAGCACGGAAUGUUUUGUCUUUCCUGGGAAACAAACUGACGUUCCAAAUGUUAUAGUAGAUCCAGGUUCAUUAAAUCCUUUACUAUUUCUUCAGUAUGUUUCUCCCAUCUCUGUUUGCGUUCCAAAUUUUGAGUCACCAUGCGCCUCUCUCCUGAUCAGAAUAAUAAAGUUAAAGGUUUACUAUGUCACGUUUCCGGUGGGGGGUCCAUCACCUUAUUGCUUUGCCUGGAAUGUUUCACAGUAUAGGAUUUUUAGCUGUUUCUAUUGUCAAAAAUACUUGGUUCAAUGGGAAGACAAUAAAAGGUGGUUGUUUUCAUGGGGAAGUUUAAUGCCAUUCUGUGUAACGCUCCAGGCGCAACGAAAAAUAAAGGUUUCGGACCCCAACCUUAAACUUCCAUAGUGCCACUUUAAAUAGGCUAUAAGUGUCCUUUUUUGUAGGAACAGAUUUGAAGCCAUGGAACGAUUUUAACUCUUUUCUAACUGGCAUCGGUUUAAGAUGUGCCACAGUUUUUCUGCAUGGUGUUUUGAUUUGGAACCUGACUGUUUUUACUCCGAUUAAAUGUAUUUCUUUUUUUCUGUCUAUGUAAAUUAAGAGUCCUAGAACCUACAGUGUAUAAUGUCUACUCCUGUAGUAACUAGCAUGACCUUAACUUGUCUAAACAUUGAGACUGCAGGUAAAAAGAGAAUGAAAUAGGCCACUUUUAGAAAACUAUUACAGUAAAUAAACAAUGUUGCUUUAAA